AUGACCAAGGCCAAAUCGCUGAAAUCCUCCGCCCCGGGUGGAUCCCUCGCCAACCCGAACGCCAACCCCAACUCGAAGAACGGGAAAUCCAACAACGGCCUGUCGAGGAACGCUACCAAGGUCCGAAGACGUAAAGCUCGGAAAGAACAACGCAAGAAGGAGGUGGCCGAACGGAUGGAACGGGAGGGGUUGGGUGGGAAGAAGGGUAGGAUGGCGGCGAGGGCCGAGGCGGGGAGCAAGUAUAGAAACGAGACGUUUGGAUUUUACCCGUUGAUGAGGAGUGAUCCCAAGCAGACCGAAAAAUUCGAAUACAAGGACAUGGCCUCGUUGACGGAGGAUGAUAUCGGGACAGAAGUAACGUUGAGGGCAAGGAUCGAUCAUGUGCGACCGCAGAGUGAGUUUGGCGUUUUUUCCCCCUUGGCUGCCGAUUCGACGGAUUACGAUACCGAGUAUGAUCACGAUCACAAGGCGGGGGUGGUCACCGAGGAGUUUAUCCGCUGGAUCGAACACUUGCAGAAAGAGUCUUUGGUGCACAUCACCGGGACGCUUCAGAGGCCGAACAAUUCUACGGGAGAGAUCAAAGAGGCCUCGCCGCAUUUGAAGAAGAUGGAGUUGAAGGUCAGCAAGUGUUUCGUCGUUGGGAGGGUGUUCGAGCACGCGCCGUUCCAGUUCAACGAGAUCGAGGGGCACCACGUAGCCAACGAGGAGGAGAGGAAGACGGGUGCGCACUUGAAGAGGGACGAGGAAGAGUCGGGUCCGGGCAAGAUUAGCGUGAGGCAAGAGUUGACAAACAGGACGUUUGACUUGAGGGCCCCAACGAAUCAAGCCAUCUUCCGGAUCAGAGCGUCCGUUUGCAAGAUCUUUAGGGAUCAUCUGGAUGACCGCGGGUUCGUCGAGAUCCAGACGGCCAAGCUACAAGGUAGCGCUACCGAGGGUGGUGCGAGCGUCUUCAAGUUGGAUUACUUUGGACGACCCGCUUAUCUCGCUCAGAGUCCGCAAUUGGCCAAACAACAGGCUAUUAUUGCCGAUAUGGGCCGGGUUUACGAGAUUGGUUCUAUCUUCCGAGCCGAGAACUCGCAAGACAAGCGACACAUGACGGAAUUCGUCGGUCUCGAUUUGGAAAUGGCAAUCGACACCGACUACCACGAGUGCAUGCAUGUCAUCGACACUCUGCUUAAGGCCAUCUUCAAGGGCGUGCAGGAGCGAAACCGCAAGGAACUCGAGGUCGUCAAGCAGCGGUUCCCCCACACCGACCUUGUCAUCCCGGACGAGACCGUCAUCCUGCACUACAAGGACGGUGUUCAGUUGCUCCGAGACUCGGGUCACAAGCAUGAAGACGGUUCCGAACUUGCCGAUGACGAGGAUUUCGAUACGCCUACCGAGAAGCGACUGGGUGCGCUUGUCAAGGAAAAGUACAACACCGAUUACUACAUUCUAGACAAGUUCCCUACCGCCGUUAGGCCAUUCUACACCAUGCCCGACCCGACCGAUCCUCGAUACAGCAACUCGUUUGACAUUUUCGUCCGUGGCCAGGAGAUCUUGUCUGGGGGACAACGUAUCCACGACUCGACCAUGCUCGAGGGUAGGAUGAAGGAGAGCGGUAUGGAUCCCGAGGUCUUAGGCGAAUACACACACGCUUUCCGACUCGGUGCACCACCCCAUGCAGGAGGCGGCGUUGGUCUGGAUAGAUUGAUCAUGUUGAUGCUCCAGCUCGGCAACAUUCGAUUCGCAUCAAUGUACCCACGCGACCCCAAGUCGUUCCCCGAUAGUGGCAAGCCGCCACCCAUGCCUCGACCCAAGAUCGGUAGGCACGGAACAUUGCCAACCUUGGAGGACCUUAUCGCCGCCUAUGGAGACUCGACCAACACGUCUUGGGUCGACCCGAGAUACACGAUCUGGCGACACCUAGAGACCGGAGCUGCCCUCGGUUACGUUCAGGCCAAGCACAACUACGGCGUGAUCUGGGGACCUCCUCUAUGUGCGCCCGAAGAUACCGAGGACGUCAUUCAGGCCUGGCUGGAACAUUGCGAUGAGAUCAAGCUUAAACCCAUCUGGUGCUGUCUGGACGAGCACUCGGCCGAGAUCCUUGCCAAGCGAUACCGAUGGAAGGCGGUCAGCUGCAUCGCCGAAACCCGGGUAGAUCCCAAGCAUUAUAACGGCGCCCAAGACUCGAAUGUUAGCAAGAAGAUUCAGGGGGCCAAGAAGUCUGGGGUCAAGGUGACCGAAUUGGAGGAGGCGCCUGGCGAUGAUCUGAAGAACGAGCUUGAUCACCAAAUCGCUGAAUGGUCUUCUCACCGAGAAGGCACGCAGAUGCACAUCUCGGACGUCUCGGGUGACGCUCUCCUCCGGGACGCUGGGCACAAGCGAUUCUUUGUCGCCAAAGACGAGCACAACAAGCUCGUCGGAAUCGUCGUCCUCGCUCGACUAUCGCCCCAGCAUGGAGAACAAAUCAAAUGGUCCCUGCAGUUCCCGGAUGCGCCCAACGGGACUUCGGAGUACAUGCUCUCGGAAGCCAUGAAGUCGGCCUCGGAAUCGGGUGUGACCAGUCUGACUUUCGGAGCGUCUGCAGCCGAAAAGAUCGUCCCGAUGAAGGACCAGAAGAGCCUGAGCAUCAAGGUCCUCGCCAGGGCUUACGAGGGCAUCAAGUCUGCCGGAAACUUGGGCAACAAGACCAACUAUAGACAUAAGUGGGGCACGACGGAUGAGCCACUCUAUGUCGCUUACCCGAAGCACGGGCUCGGGACUCGAGGGUGA